AUGUUCACCUUGCCAUUCCCUAUGCUUGCUUACCCUUUCUAUCUGAGGAGUCGAAGUCCAGGAAAGAGUGGCUCUCAUUUUGAUCCAAACAGCGAAUUGUUUGUCCCAAAUGAAAGGAAAAAUAUCACUACCUCCACUGCCUGUUGGACAGCAAUGGCUGCGCUGCUAGUCGGUCUGUCUUUCGUAAUGGGUCCGGGCCAAAUGCGUAAGCUCUAA